AUGUCUAAACAACCAACUUUUUUGUUUGUAUUCCUUCCUCUUAUUUUCGCUCUUGGUAUCUCAGAAAUCGCGACUGCCGUAAAAUUUUGUGAACAUAUGAGCCAAACGUGGACUGGAAAGUGUGAUAACAACAAAUGUGAUAAAAAAUGCAUUGAAUGGGAGAAAGCAAUCCACGGAGCUUGUCACUCGCGUGAAGGGAAAUCUGGUUGCUUCUGCUACUUUGACUGUGCGAAGAAACCUCCAAAAAAUUCCGUACCAGCUCCUCCCGGAUCCAUAGCUCCUGGAGACGGUUCAAAACCACCUCCUGCUGCCGGUGGCGGUGGCGGAUCAUCACCUCCUGGUGCCGGUGGCGGUGGAUCAUCACCUCCUGGUGCCGGUACCGGUGGAUCAUCACCUCCUGCUGCCGGUGGCGGUGGUGGCGGAGCAUCACCUCCUGCUGCCGGUGGCGGUGGUGGCGGAUCAUCACCUCCUGCUGGUGGCGGAUCAUCACCUCCUGCUGCCGGUGGCGGUGGCGGUGGCGGAUCAUCACCUCCAGCUGCUGGUGGCGGGUCUCCGCCUCCUGCUGGUGGCGAUAAGCCAUGUCACCAUAUCGAAGAUUAUUUCACUUGCAUGCAGGCCUGCGGGGUCAAAAAUCUAAACCGAAAAAGAGCUACAUCCUUUAAUUAG